AGGGUGGGGGGAAGAUUGCCGGCCUCGGGGUCCUACCCACGCCGGAGCCGGCGAACCCACGCGAGUGGGGCCGGGUCGGGCUUCCCGCGAGAGCCCGCCCCUUGGCUCGGGCGCCGCGGUCAGGUGGUUGCCCACGCGCCACCGCUCUCUCCACCCUGCUAGCCCUCCUAGGCUUUUCUCAGCGUGGUCCCUCUUAAUUGUCCGGGUCCCAGCCUCCCCUGCCUGCGUCUCUCUGGCGAGGGAGGGUGACUACCAUUCCAGAUGUUACAGCCCUGGUGGACCCUCAGCCUUCGGGUGGAAUUUGGGUGGACCGAAGAGGGCCCCAAGGGAUGCCAGAGGGUUCUCCCCGUUCUGGCUUGGGCUCAACCCAAAGUUUGGACCUCACAGACCCCACAGAGCUCUGGAUGAGAGGUUGACCCUCUACCUUCUCCACCCCCGCCCCCUGCUCUGGCAGGUCAGCAGACCCUGGACUUUGAUCUUUCCCUCCUAGGCCAGGGCAGCUGAUGGUUGUGGGCGAGCUACCUCCAGGUAGCUGGGCCCGCCCCCUCUUCCCCACCUACCUCUUGUCCUCCCCCCACAUCUCCAUCACCCUGGCUCCCCUCCCUCAUGACCGCCUGGAUCCUCCUUCCUGUCAGCCUGUCAGCAUUCUCCAUCACUGGCAUAUGGACUGUGUAUGCCAUGGCCGUGAUGAAUCGCCACGUGUGCCCUGUGGAGAACUGGCCAAGGGCCUGGGGGCAACGCCUUCCUGGAGUCUACUUGGUGUCCUGCCUGCCAGGUCCUACAACGAGUCCUGCUCUCCUGACCCUGCCGAGCAAGGGGGCCCCAAGACCUGCUGCACCCUGGAUGAUGUUCCUCUCAUCAGCAAGUGUGGCACAUAUCCCCCAGAGAGCUGCCUCUUCAGCCUCAUUGGCAACAUGGGUGCUUUCAUGGUGGCCCUGAUCUGCCUCCUGAGGUACGGGCAGCUCUUGGAGCAGAGCCGACACUCCUGGGUGAACACCACGGCGCUCAUCAUGGGUUGCACCAAUGCUGCAGGCCUCGUAGUGGUUGGCAACUUUCAGGUGGACCAUGCCAAGUCUCUGCACUACAUUGGAGCUGGUGUGGCCUUGCCCGCGGGGUUGCUCUUUGCCUGCCUGCACUGUGUGCUCUCCUACCAUGGAGCCACCUCACCCCUGGAUCUGGCUGUGGCCUACCUGCGGAGUGUGCUGGCCGUCAUUGCCUUCAUCACCCUGGUCCUCAGUGGCAUCUUCUUCGUUCAUGAGAGUUCUCAGCUACAGCAUGGGGCAGCUCUGUGUGAGUGGGUGUUCGUCAUUGAUAUCCUCAUUUUCUAUGGCACCUUCAGCUACGAGUUCGGGGCAGUCUCCUCAGACACAUUGGUAGCUGCACUGCAGCCUGCCCCUGGCCGGGCCUGCAAGUCCUCAGGGAGCAGCAGCACCUCCACCCACCUCAACUGUGCCCCAGAGAGCAUUGCCAUGAUCUGAGGUCAGGAGGGUGGCUGGCCCGGCCUCCACAACACCCCACCUCUUCUCUUCUUUGCAUUUAUUUUGUACCAAAAACAGUUUUCAGAAAGUGUUCUGUUGGGAUCUGGGCUUCCUCACUCAUGGAGAAAUGGCCAUCCCACAUCCACUGUGCCAUAGAGGAGCAUGCCUGGCCAGCUGCCUCGGCUGCAUGUCCUGCUCCCCGCACUACAGUAUUGUUUUGUGUUUAAAGGUCACCUUCCUCACUUGCCCAGCCAGCCCUUCAGGUGCCUUCUACUCCCAGUGCCAGAGCCAGACCACUGGGGUUUCCUGCUGCAGGAAUUGGGGGCUGGGAACAGCAAGAGAGAUUCGAGUCUGGGGGUGGGAGGAACACGCCUUAGCCUACAGGAAAGGCCUGCUUCUGGGCCCACUGAGCUACACUGGGAUUCUUCACUCUGCCCCUCACUUCCCUUAGGACAAAUAACACAGCAAACCACGUGGAUAUUUUAGUACUUUUUUAUAUCUAUUAAAAGAACUCUAAUUUGCAUGUUUGUAGUCAGUUCUGCAGAGAUAGGGAAGGCAUGAUCCAAGGUGGCUUUCCCAGAGCAAGCAAUGGGAGGAAGCCUCUACCUGCAAGAUGAGACCAGAAUGUCCAAUGUUCUUUAAGAAUAAGGCUGGGUAGGCCAUGCCCUUCUGCCACGCCCCACUGCCUUUGAGUCAGCCAACUAUGGACGGAAACCUCUACAAACUGUGAGCUAAAUAAACCUUUCCUCCUUAAAAAAAAAAAAAAAAAAAA